GAAGCCCACUGCAGCCUCUCAGUUCCUUUUGAAAGUUGCUUAGGAAAGCCUACAGCAGCUGGCCAUUCCUAGCCCACCACCACACAGCAGAGCAGGGAAGGAGUUAUAGGAUGGCCGGACUGUGCUCAAGUUCACUUCCGGCUCUGUCCCUAAGCCCUGACAGUCCAGAUGUGCCCAGGGCACAGCCCUGCUGCAGAAGAGCUGCUGUCCCAGAGAGAACCUCUGUCAGGUCCUCUGUCAUGUGAAUCAGGAUCCCCUCUUCCCGGGGCUGCUGUGGGUGAGAACAGAAAGUGGGAAGAGUCUCAGCCUGGGGUCCAAGGCAGCCUCCCCUCACUGACCCACCUGCAAUGGCUCUCUCUUCAGCUCAUCAGUGAUGGCAGUGUGGUCUGUGCCGAAGCACUCUGGGACCAUGUCACCAUGGACGACCAGGAACUGGGCUUCAAAGCUGGGGAUGUCAUCGAAGUGAUGGAUGCCACCAACAGAGAAUGGUGGUGGGGCCGUGUCGCUGAAGGCGAGGGGUGGUUCCCAGCCAGCUUCGUGCGGCUGCGUGUAAACCAGGAUGAGCCUGUGGACGACGAGGCCCCACAGGCUGGGGAUGGUGAGGCCAAGGAUGGUGGUAUGGACACACAGAACAGCAAGGACCAGAUGCGGACCAACGUCAUCAAGGAGAUUCUCAGCACAGAGCGGGACUACAUCAAGCACCUGCGGGACAUCUGUGAGGGCUACAUCAGGCAGUGCCGCAAGCGUGCUGACAUGUUCAGCGAGGAGCAGCUGCGCACCAUCUUUGGGAACAUUGAGGACAUCUACCGCUGCCAGAAGGCAUUUGUGAAGGCCCUGGAGCAGAAGUUCAACAGGGAGUGCCCACACCUGAGCGAGCUGGGUGCCUGCUUCCUGGAACAUCAAGCAGACUUCCAGAUCUACUCAGAAUACUGCAACAACCAUCCCAACGCCUGUGUAGAGCUCUCCCGGCUCACCAAGCUCAGCAAGUACGUGUAUUUCUUUGAGGCCUGCCGGCUGCUGCAAAAGAUGAUCGACAUCUCCCUGGAUGGUUUCCUGCUGACCCCUGUGCAGAAGAUCUGCAAGUACCCCCUGCAGUUGGCAGAGCUGCUCAAGUACACGCACCCCCAGCACAGGGACUUCAAGGAUGUUGAAGCUGCUUUGCAUGCCAUGAAGAAUGUGGCCCGGCUCAUCAAUGAGCGGAAACGGAGACUCGAAAACAUUGACAAGAUUGCUCAGUGGCAGAGCUCCAUAGAGGACUGGGAGGGGGAAGAUCUUUUGGUCAGGAGCUCAGAACUCAUCUACUCUGGAGAGCUGACCCGUGUUACACAGCCUCAAGCCAAGAGUCAGCAGAGAAUGUUUUUUCUCUUUGACCACCAGCUCAUCUACUGUAAGAAGGAUCUGCUCCGCCGGGACGUGCUGUACUACAAGGGCCGGCUGGACAUGGAUGGCCUGGAGGUAGUGGACGUGGAGGAUGGGAAGGACCGAGACCUCCAUGUGAGCAUCAAGAAUGCCUUCCGGCUAUACUGCAGUGCCUCGGGGGACAGCCAUCUACUGUGUGCCAGGAAGCCUGAGCAGAAGGAGCGCUGGCUCAAGGCCUUCAUCAGGGAGAGAGAGCAGGUGCAGUUGGACCAGGAGACAGGCUUCUCCAUCACAGAGCUGCAGAGGAAGCAGGCCAUGCUGAAUGCCAGCAAGCAGGCCACAGGGAAGCCCAAAGCCGUCAGCAGGCCCUGCUACCUGACUCGCCAGAAGCACCCGACACUGCCCACCAGUCGGCCCCAGCAGCAGGUCUUGGUGCUGGAGGAGCCCAGGUGGAAGCCAACCACCUUCUGGCACAGCAUCAGCAGGCUCACCCCCUUCCGCAAGUGAGCCAGCAGCCACUUGACAGCACUUUGUGGAUCUGCCCACCCCACGGUACCUGCUUCUCUCCCCAGAGGCCCACUCCAACAG